UUUUCAACAGUGGGACUUUGCACAGGGGACGUCCUGCAGAUAGCUUGGCUUCACAUAGGCGUCAUGUUCUGUGGACAGUAGAACUCACAGGUAACUAUUUAGACCUUCUUUGAUCUUCCUGGAGCAGGUACAGGGAAGCUUCGAUUGUUUGACUGAGUCCUUGCCAUUUUGGCUAUUCUAUCCAUUCAAAUGGUAGUUUUUCGCUUUCUUCCACGUCUUUCAGGUUUCGGUUGCCAUUUUAAAGCAUUUGCGAUCAUUUUAGCUGAGCAGCCUAUCAUUUUCUGCACUUCUUUAUAUGUUUUCCCCUCUCCAAUCAACUUUUUAAUCAAAGGCACGCUGUUCUUCUGAACAAUGAACAAUGUCUGGAACGACCCAU